CUAAAAAAGGUUCCGGUUUAUAUCUUUUACUUGGUCGAGUUGAUGAUACACUUAUUCAUACCACUGGUGAAAAAACAAAUCCGGUACCAAUGGAAGUUACAAUUCGUCUUAAUCAAUUUGUUAGACAUGUAGUUGUCAUUGGACAUAAUAGACCAUUUAAUUGCCUUUUAAUAGAACUCGAUUUUGAUCGUGUAAAAAACACACCUUUCUUGGAAAUCACGAAAAGUAUCUUUGAUUCAGUUCAUCAAGCUAAUAUUAAUUGCCCAUCACAUUCUCGAAUCUUUGACGAAAUGGUUUAUAUAUUACCUCUUGAAGGAAAAAUGCUACCUAGAACCAUGAAAAAUAAUAUUCAACGUAAAAGAGUUGAAAUAGAAUUUAAAGAAGAAAUAGAAAUGCUCUAUGAUAAUUUAGUAAAUAUAAGAGUUGUUUCAAAUGAGAAAUCCUUUUCUGAUAAUCAUGAUAAUCAAUGGGAUGAAGAUUCUGUAAAAGCCACCAUAUUAAGUUCUCUUAAAUUAGCCAUUGGCGAUUCAUUUUUAAAAAUUACCGAAUACGAAACUUCACUCUUUGCUUUGGGUCUAGAUUCUUUAUCUGCAACUAAAUUACGUGCUAUUCUUCAAAAUAAAUUUUCAUUUAUCGACCUUCCUUAUGAUGUGAUUUUUGAGCAAAAUACUGUUCAAAGCCUUACUCAUUAUUUGAUGAAAGAAUUAUCAAAAAUCAAUGUUUCACAAAAACAAUUUGCUAAAGACGGUUAUGAAGAGAAAUUACAGAUUCUUAAAGACGAAGUAAACUCAUAUAUUAAAAAGUAUAAUCAAAUCGAUAGCUUUCCUUCUGUAGGAUACGUUAAUGGAACUUCAAGUGGUGAUGGAAAAAAUGGCGAAACGGUCCUUAUAACAGGAGUUACUGGAUCUCUUGGCUCUUUCAUCCUUCGAGACUUAUUAAGAAAUUCUGAUGUACUUAAAAUCUACUGUUUAGUGAGAGCUUCAGAUGAAAAUAAUGGAUGGUUUAGAUUAAAAGAUUCAUUUGAACAAC